AAGUAUUCGAUGAUGUAUGCACAAAGGAAGCUCCCAAGUGAGAUUCUUCAGACAGAGGUAUCUGAAUGUCACUAAACACGUCAAUCAAAAAACCCUUUGCCUCUCUGACAAUCUUUCUACUCUCUUUGUAUAUAUAUAUUGAAUCUUGGAUUCCAUUUCCAAGAACAAGAAAAAGAAAAAAAACACCAAGAAAAGACAAAAACCUUCAUUGUUUCGAUUUUAUUUUGGAGUCUGAAUAUCUAAAAUGUCGGGGAUAGUAUCUACAUCUACACAAGGAAAGAGGGUGGUGGUGAUCGGCGGAGGAGUCGCCGGCUCCCUCGCCGCAAAACUGCUUCAGUUCGAUGCUGACGUAACCCUCAUCGAUCCGAAGGAGUACUUUGAGAUCACGUGGGCGAGCUUGAGAUCCAUGGUGGAGCCUUCCUUUGCAGAGAGAACAGUCAUCAACCACAAGAACUAUUUUAAAAACGGCCGUGUCGUUACUUCUCCGGCGAUCGACAUCACGGAGAGCGACGUAACGACUAAAGACGGAGCUGUGAUUGGAUAUGAUUACUUAGUGAUCGCUACGGGUCACAACGACUUGCUCCCCAAAACCAGACAAGAGAAGCUCUCACAAUACCAAGCAGAAUAUGAGAAGAUCGUAUCUUCUCAAUCAGUUCUGAUCGUCGGUGGAGGACCGUCAGGCGUGGAGCUAGCUGCGGAGAUCGCAGUUGACUUUCCGGAGAAGAAAGUCACGUUGGUGCACAAAGGACCGAGACUGCUCGAGUUUGUCGGAGAAAAGGCUGCUGACAAAGCAUUUGACUGGUUGGAAUCGAAGAAAGUGGAAGUGAUACUGAACCAGUCGGUGGAUUUGAGUUCAGCUUCAGACGGGAACAAAACAUAUAAGACUUCGGGAGGAGAAACUAUACACGCAGAUUGUCAUUUCCUCUGUGUUGGGAAGCCUCUUGCUUCUCAGUGGCUCAAUGGAACUGUUCUGAAAGAUAGCCUGGAUGGUAAAGGAAGGGUCAUGGUGGAUGAGCACUUGCGGGUUAAGGAUCGAAAGAAUGUGUUCGCUAUUGGAGAUAUCACUAAUAUCCUGGAGAUGAAGCAAGGAUAUAUAGCGGAGAGUCAUGCUAAUGUGGCGGUGAAGAACAUUAAAGUAAUGAUGUCUGGCGGGAAAAGGAAGAAGUUGUCGACGUACAAGCCAGGAUCAGAGAUUGCUAUUGUGUCUUUAGGGAGGAAAGACUCGGUGGCUCAGUUUCCGUUUGUGACAGUGGUGGGUUGCCUCCCUGGUUUGAUCAAGUCCAAGGACUUAUUUGUAGGGAAGACGAGGAAGGCAAGAGGGCUAAGUCCUAAACUUGUGCAAGGUUGAGUUCUUUAGUGUGUGUCUCAGAGGUUUCACCUUGAGAGAGAGAGAGAGAGAGAGAGAGAGAGAUGCUUUUGUGCACAUAUGUAAUCAUGGUUGUGUUUGUUUUCUUUGUGUGUUGAUCUCAUUGUUUUAGUGUGGAGUGAUUGUUGGUUUGCUUAUGUUGUUUGUGACUAACCGGAAAAAAAUCAUAUGAAUGAAGUUUGAACUGAAAGUAA